AUGAAGACUUGCAUCGUUCUUUCCAGCCUUUUGGCCUCGGCCGCCGCCUUUGCCCCUGCGCAAAAGCCUGCUGCUUUGACCACAGCCCUCAAUGCUGAGAUGUCUGAGUCUCUUCCAUUCCUUACCAAGCCCAAGAACUUGGAAGGAUACAUUGGAGAUGUCGGUUUCGAUCCCCUUGGCUUCAGCGAAAUGUUCGACAUGAAGUGGUUGCGAGAAUCCGAGCUCAAGCACGGACGAGUAACCAUGCUUGCCACCCUUGGAUACGUUGUGCAACAAUUCUACACGCUCCCAGGAUUCGAGCACGUCGAUGACUCCAACUUGGCCCCCGAUGUGGUUGGUGCUGCUCCCAUGUACCAAAUCAUCUUUGGUGUUGGAAUUGCUGAAUUCUGGUCCAACAGUGGAAAUGUGACCAUGGAAAACAUGUUCUCUGAUCCCAAGCGAGUUCCAGGAAACCUUGGAUAUGAUCCCCUCAGCUGGUGCGCUGGAAAGUCAGAGGAAGAAGUGAAGAAGCUUGAAUUGCAAGAACUCAAGAAUGGACGUCUCGCUAUGUUGGCUAUCGGUGGUAUGAUCCACCACAACUGGAUCACUGGAGAACCUCUUAUCCCCAUCUAA